AUUGGUAAUAUCUCAAUGCUCCAGAAUAUGCUAGCAUACACAAUAAUCAUAUUUGGAAUUUAGCUAGAAGAUUCUUUGGUUCUGCCAAGCACACAGAGACUAUAAUAGUCAUAUUUGAAUGAUUCAAAGUUUAAAUAUCUAGUCCCUAUUCUUCUUUGCACUGCAAAUCACUUUCUUAUUUGAUUCUUCUGUUUCAUUUCUGUUCUUAAACUUGAAUCACUAUGGCUGAUGAGGUGGUUCUGCUUGAUUUCUGGGCAAGUGCAUUUGGGAUGAGGGUGAGGAUUGCACUUGCUGAGAAGGGUAUAAGUUAUGAGUAUAAAGAAGAGGACUUGAGCAACAAGAGUCCUCUCCUCCUUCAAAUGAACCCAGUUCACAAGAAAAUUCCGGUUCUCAUUCACAACGGCAAGCCCAUUUGUGAAUCUCUCAUUGUUGUUCAGUACAUUGACGAGGUUUGGCAUGACACAAAUCCUUUGUUACCUUCUGACCCUUACCAGAGAGCUCAGGCCAGAUUCUGGGCUGACUAUGUUGACAAGAAGAUAUACGAUCUUGGAAAGAAGGUUUUUUUGACAUCAAAAGGAGAAGAAAAAGAAGCUGCCAAGAAGGAGUUCAUAGAGGCCCUUAGAUUGUUGGAGGAACAGCUGGGAGAGAAGAUUUAUUUUGGAGGUGACGAUCUUGGUUUUGUGGAUAUAGCACUGAUCCCAUUCUACACUUGGUUCGAAGCAUUUGAGACUUUUGGCAACCUCAACGUAGAGAGUGAGUGCCCCAAGCUUAUUUCUUGGGUUAAGAGGUGCCUCCAGAAAGAGAGUGUUGCCAAGUCUCUCCCUGAUCAACAUAAGGUCCAUGAGUUAAUUGCGGAAAUAAGAAAGAAAUUAGGCUUUGAGUAGGUUGUGCUUAAAGUUCCAUUGGUCAUUCAUAACCUUUUUACUGAAUAAAAUUUAUAUAAUAAAAGACAACUUGAGUGUAUCAAAGUUCGUGCUUUCUGUUGGAAUGUGUAGUUUUUGGAAAACCUCGGAUUUGUCUGUCAUGUGUUUGUUGGUGUUGUAAUUGAGUAUCUUUUGUAUUAUCAUAUACUUGAGUCUCUUCGUGACAGUGUUCAUUAUUACAUCUAUGUUUUCA